AGUGGGUACAUCAGUCAUCAGGUGGAGCCGGGCUCUCUCCCCUUACUUCUUCCUUUGUGCUCCAGCAUGUCUGGGAAGCCGGCUCUGCGGCCCCCUGGAGGCCUCUGGGCAGCAGCUGUGAUGGUGUGGCUGGUGGCACUGAGGGCCCCAGUGGCUGAGGGCAGAGACUCUCCAGGGGACUUCGUGUACCAGUAUAAGGCCCUCUGCUACUUCACCAACGGGACGGAGAGGGUGCGGUUCGUGGUCAGAGACAUCUACAACCGGGAGGAGUUCGUGCGCUUCGACAGCGACGUGGGGGAGUUCCGCGCGCUGACCCCGCUGGGGCGGCCGGACGCCGAGUACUGGAACAGCCAGAAGGACAUCCUAGAGCGGGCACGGGCCGCGGUGGACACCGUGUGCAGACCCAACUACCCGAUGGAUGAGGCCAUGACCCUGCACCUGCGAGUGGAGCCUACAGUGACCAUCUCCCCAGCCAAGACAGAGGCCCUGACCCACCACAACAUGCUGGUCUGCUCGGUGACGGAUUUCUAUCCAGCCCACAUCCAAGUCCGGUGGUUCCGGAAUGACCAGGAGGAGACAGCCGGCGUCGUGUCCACCCCUGUCAUCAGGAACGGGGACUGGACCUACCAGGUCCUGGUGAUGCUGGAAAUGACCCCCCAGCGAGGAGACGUCUACACCUGCCGCGUGGAGCACCCCAGCCUCCAGAGCCCCAUCGCAGUGGAGUGGCGGGCGCAGUCUGGAUCCGCCCAGAGCAAGAUGCUGAGUGGCGUCGGGGGCUUCGUGCUGGGGCUGCUCUUCCUGGGGCUGGGCCUUGUCAUCCGUCACAGGAAACAGAAGGGGCUCCUGCGCUGACUCCUGAGGGCGCUUUGACUGGGAUCGGCUGUGUUUCUUCUGAAACCCCUGCUUGUUGUCCUCAUGCAGAUUUCCCAGCUGCCUGUGAGCCUGCUCCUCUGAGAUCAGAGUCCUAGUUACUCUGAUGCAGUCAGCCAGGCAUCUGCUGUGACACCCCUGGAGGCCAUGGCUGAGACCUUGGAGUCUGUCCUGUGGGCUGCCAGCUGAGUGUACUCAAGGCCCCCAAGGCAUUUUUCUUUUGUUCCUCCUCCCCUACUAACUACCCCGCCUCCUCCCACCACUGUCAAGAGAAGCACAUUAAAGCCUUUACCUGACUCUGGAGCUUUUAUCACAAUUAAACAUGUUAUCUGUA